AUGGUGAUCCCCGCACCAGAUCCUCUAUCCGCCAUCAGCUCCAGCUUCAACGCUACAAUCAAGAUCCUCGAGGUGACCUACCAGCUCAAAGCUGUUGACGAACAGACCGCCGACCUCCUGGGCACUACCCGUCAUGUCGAUUUCAUGGUCCAGGAAGCUCAUCGCCUGCGGCGCCUCAAGGCCGGCCUCCUAAAUACCAGCGAGCGCACGAUGAUAGACAGAGUAAUCAACGACACCGAGGACGCUUUGCGAGCUGUCGCGAAACUAGUCGAGCCUUGCCGAGUGGACAAGCAAACGAAGCAUGGCAUUCGAUUUGGGCAUAGGAUCAUGUGGGUCUUCAGGGACAAUCCAAGUGUCAGAGACAAGCAUCAAAAAUUACAAGUGUGUCAUCAAUCUCUGACAGUCGCCUUCACUUGCCUCUAUUCGAAGGAUGUGGUGGUCAUUGCGCCUGCGCCAGAAGGGACAAGUGAAGAGCAGCCGCCACCGUAUGAUCCCCAACUGAAGGAGCUGUUGGACUGGCCGAAUCGGAGGAAGGGACGCAAGAUUCCUGGAGAGAGAGAAGGUCACACAACCAAGGAUAUAAGCCUGAUGGACGCAGGCUCGAAUGAAAUCAGCGUCGGCGGUCCAUUGAGCCCCUGUCUCCUUGCUAUACCGCUGGAGGAUGAUGGCGAGGUACCAAAAUUCUCCUCCCACUUCUCCGAGAUGUCCUUCGAAUCACCGACCAUACCUACACCCGAAGUACAACCCUUUGUCCGCCGCAACAACAGCAGCCCCCCCACUCUUGCGACUACAUCACCAAAAUCGAACAGCCAGUCUCCUCAUAUCAGUGCACACAAAUUUUACUCUAAUGACGAGAUUCAAAGCUCAACCCUUACUACCAACACGAAUCCACGCAAUGGCUAUAUCAGUCCUACGCAAAGCCUCCCAGAGAUCGACAGCCCUCCCCUUGCUACCAUGAUAGCUUCCUACGGUCCCAAUAGCAACGAGGAAAAUGAUCUACGAGUCAGUCACGAACAUGUCACGCAUGUAUCCUUAGCCUGUGAUAAAAAGCCCUCCUCUUCCGCAAAUGCUCCCGACACCACACCCUUAAAUGCUUCAUCAUCCCCUACAAUACCAAUUCCGGCUCUCGAAAAGCCCAGCUCAUCGUCCUCCAGCACUGGAUAUGAACCUGGAUUGAGAUGGCUCGAGUCAUCAAGGUAUAAUAGUUACGGUCCCCCAGAACCUACCGAAGGCUCAAGUCUAGGACACCAUCCACUCCCAGCGAGGUUCAAUAGCGACGUCCAACUGCGCACCACUUACCAAUCUGAUCGCUUCGAUGCACUCGCACGAGCAGAGGAUGUUUUGACAAGAGAAGACAGGGCUGUGAGCGUAGGGCAGGGAACUGUGAAAAGAGGUGGACGAAGUUGGCUGGCAUACCAUGCUACAAGGAGCGAUAUGGGACAUGGAAUGGACUGGGAUGGUUGA